AUGGUGUCUCGAACGGACUGGACUACAUCACAAGUCGCAGUGGACAGAGAAGCUCUACUAGCAGGCGACGGCUGUCACCACGAGGAAGCAAAAGCUCUGGACGACUACUUGUCUGGCCUUCUGGAUGUACAACAAGCCGCGAAUAAAAUCACAUCGCCUGUCCUUGCAGAAGAAGACCCUCCAUCGGAGCUGUAUCGACUGUGGGGGUUGUUAUCCGACGCACUGGUAGAACUGUCAGACGAUCAAGAGAAGAUACUCGAUCUUUUGGCCGCCAUGCAGUCACUGCCAUCCACAAACUCCAUCGAUUGGUCGCAACUUAUGAACUUUGGCCACAUGUGGAGCGACUGUCAUCGGCUGCAUAUCCAGGGUCACUCUCCGUGGGAGAAGGAAAGUUGGACCGCCGCCAGGAGAGCCGAGCUAUGUCAUCAAUUCGAAGCUAUUGGAACAGCAGAGGCUAAGAUUUAUCUUCGUAGCAUAGGUGGAAUACCGGCAGACUGGGGAUACGACGUGCUCAAUCUAGUUUGUUUGAGACGCCCUGGGCUUGAGGUGUUGAUUUUCGAAGUGCACGCUUGGCUGCAAUGUGCUGGUACACAACUCAAGACUGAUUUACCAUCGGAGGAAAUAAGGAGCUAUUCGAGGCCAGUUCCUGGUUCAAGACGUGGACUAUUACAGAGAACAACCUGUACUAUGACUGAGCAUUGGGACACCUGGAGAAGAGAGAUGUCAGAGCUCAGUAGCAGUCAAAGUAUACUGUCAGUGGAAAGCAGGGAUGUUGCUGCCAAAUGCUCAGCACUCAUGUGA